UUAUUAAUAAUGCGUGAAAAAGUAUAAAAGUAGAAACGCGUUGCAAGGUAUUAAAAUUAAAUAGCUAACAAGUGAAGAAGUAAAAGAAAGAACUAACAAUACAUUAAAAAUAUUAUGCAUGCAAAAUGAUCACUUUAACAGUAGCGUUAGUUGUACUGUCAUUAUUUUACUAUUACAGUAUAACAUCUUUCAAAUAUUGGAAAACUAGAGGAAUAAAACACGACAAGCCCUUACCACUGUUCGGGAAUUGUUUAUGGUACUUCUUGGGGAAGAAGAGCAUUUCAGAUGUUGCAACCGAAACCUACUGGAAGUACUGCAAUGAGAAAGCAGUGGGACUAUUUCGAGGAGGAAGACCAGAAUUAGUGAUUAGAGACUUGGAAACCAUAAAACAAGUUCUUGUUACAGAUUUUGUUAAUUUCCAUUCACGUGGUCUCAAUCAUUGUGAGGAUGGUUCUGAACCUAUGAUGAACAAUUUAUUUUUUGCAAAAGGUGAUGUGUGGCGACUACUGCGGCAACGGAUGACGCCGGCUUUUACUACUAGCAAACUAAAGGCGAUGUUCCCUCUGAUCGUGGAGCGUGCUGAGAAGUUGCAAUCACGAGCGCUAGCAUUCGCUACGACAGGUCAGACCAUGGACGCAUAUAGUUUCAUGGCACGAUAUACUAUUGAUUUCAUUGCAACCUGCGGGUUCGGAUUAGAUAUUAAAGCCCUAGAGCAAGAAGACUCACCAGUAGACAAACUCGGACCAAAGAUUUUUAAAUACAAUACAAGAGAUAUGUUUCUUCGUUUUAUAAACUUUAACCUCCCAAGUAUCGGGAAACAAUUCAAAGUGUUUCGAGAUACUGAAAUAGAAAUGGUCACUUUGACUAAACAAAUUUUAAAGGAGAGGAAUUAUGAACCUUCGGGUCGAAAUGAUUUUGUUGAUUUACUGCUAGAAUGUAGGAAAAAAGGAUUAAUUGUUGGUGAAUCUAUAGAAAAUAAGAAAGCAGACGGAAGUCCUGAAACAGCGACGCUAGAGCUAGAUGAUGUAAUUUUAGCCGCACAAAUAUUUGUUUUCUUUUCUGCGGGAUUUGAAACUUCAUCGUCUGCUACAAGUUUCACAUUGCAUCUACUUGCUUACAAUCCUAAAAUACAGAAAAAAGUUCAAGAGGAUAUUGAUAGAGUACUUAGUAAAUUUGACAAUACACUCAGCUACGAUGCUGUUAAAGACAUGACUUAUCUAGAAUGGACAUUCAAGGAAAGUAUGAGAAUAUAUCCGGCAGGAGGAGUAUUUGUAAGAGAAUGUAAUCAGAAGACACAAAUCCCUAAUCUGAAUACAACACUAGACGAGGGUGUCAGAAUACUUAUUCCAGUUUACGCACUGCACCAUGACCCUCAAUAUUUCGAUAACCCCGAAGAAUUCCGACCAGAGAGAUUCAGUCCCGAAGAAUUCAGUAAUAUCAUUAAAUAUAGCUACUUACCAUUUGGAGAAGGUCCACGGGCGUGUAUAGGCGAGCGACUAGCUCUGAUGCAGUCUCUGGCAGGUCUCGCGGCAAUAUUGUCGCGUUUCACCGUGGAGCCCGCCCCGGAGAGCACGCGCCAUCCCGCAUAUGAUCCCCUGUCAGAAAUUACCUUAAUGGUAAAAGGUCAAUUACCUCUCCUCCUUAAGAAAAGGAAUGACACCGUUACUUAACUGUCAUAUUUAAAUUCAUUAAAUUACUCUUAAAUAUGUAAUAAAUCCUAUGCUACUAAGAAAAUAUACGAAAAUUUCAUUAGACUUUAGGCAAUUUACUAUAGACUGAUAUAGAUGACGCUUUUUGUACAAAUGUUUGCGCUAAAUCGGCUGAACAGAUAUAUGUACAGUUUGCUACUCAAAAACACUUAAUUCAUUACAAAUGCAAUAUGAUAAAUU